GUGGGGGGGUGUUGAGUUGCAAGAGCGAGAAAUUUUUGGAGGUGUCUUUGCAUCUCAGCCGUACCGAUGCAGAUAUCAGUAACCUUUGAAGAUGUGGCCGUGUAUUUCACGGAGGAUCAAGGGACUCUGCUGGAUCCAGAUCAAAGGGCCUUGUACAGGGAUGUCAUGAUGGAGAAUUAUUGGAAUGUGGCCUCCUUGGGCUUUCCAGUCACCAAGCCGGAGCUCAUCUCUCAGCUGGAACGAGAAGAACUGCCGUGGGUGCCCGAUUCCCUGGGCUCAGACAAAAUGGAGGAUGGUGACAUUAACUCAGGGAAGGGUAGGAAACAGCACUCAAACACCAUCUGCAAGGGAAAUUUUACUCCAAAGUCAAGUCUUGUCAAACCAGUAGGAGUCCACAUAGGAGGGAAACCAUAUAUAUGCUUAGAGCAUGGGAUGUGUUUUGCUGAUCUAUCAACGUUUGAAAAACAUCAGAGAGUCCACAUAGAAAAGAAACCACACAAAUGCUCGAAAUGUCAGAAAUGUUUUGUUCGGCACUCCAACCUUAUGAGGCAUCAGAGGAUUCACACAGGGGAGAAACCGUAUCCAUGCCUGGAAUGUGGGAAGUGCUUUGCUCGAAAAUGGAUACUCAUGAGCCACUGGAGAACCCACACAGGGGAGAAACCGUAUAAAUGUUUGAAAUGUGGGAAGCGUUUUACUCGGAGUUGGGUCCUCAUGAGCCACCAGAGAACCCAUACAGAAGAGAAACCGUAUAUAUGUUUGGAGUGUGGAAAGGACUUUUCUCUGGAAUCAUCGCUUGUAUUUCACCAGAGAAUCCACACGGGGGAAAAACCAUACAGAUGCUUUGAAUGUGGGAAGUGCUUCACACUGAAAUCAAGUCUGAGGAGGCACCAGAGAAUGCACACAGGAGCAAAACUGUAUAAAUGCUUGGAAUGUGAGAAAUGUUACACGGAUCCUUCUACCUUCGCAAAACACCAGAGAGUCCAUGCAGGAGAGAAAUGUUUAGAGUGUGGGAAACAUUUUACUAAUCCCUCUGCCUUUGCAAGGCACCAGAGAGUCCACACAGAAAAGAAACCUUACAAAUGUUUGGAGUGUGGGAAGCAUUUUUCUCUCAAAUCGAGUCUCAAAAGGCACCAGAAAGUCCACACAGGAGAGAAACCCUACAAAUGCUUGGAGUGUGGGAAGUGUUUUUCUCUGAAAUCCCAUCUCAUGAGCCACCAGAAAGUCCACACAGGAGAGAAACCCUUUAAAUGCACUGAGUGCUGGAAAUGUUUCACUCGGAAAUCACAACUCACUGUCCACUAUAGAGUUCACACAGGGGAGAAACCGUAUAAGUGUUUGGAGUGUGGGAAGUGUUUUGCUAGUCCUUCAGCAUUUACAAAGCACCGAAGAGUACACACAGGGGAAAAACCCUAUAAAUGUUUGGAAUGUGGGAAGUGUUUUGCCGAUCCAUCGGCCUUUACAGGACACCAGAGAAUCCACACAGGGGAGAAACCCUAUAGAUGCUUGGAGUGUGGGAAGUGUCUUGCACAAAAAUCACAACUCAUGAGGCAUCAGAGAGUCCACACAGGGGAGAAGCCAUAUAAAUGCUUGGAGUGUGGGAAAUGUUUUGGUGCUCCAUCAACCUUUGCCAAGCACCAAAGACUGCACAGGGGUGAGAAGUCCUACAAAUGUUUGAAAUGUGAUAAAUGUUUUGUUCAACAUAUAUGCCUUAUAAGGCAUCAGAGAACCCACAUGGGGGAGAAACCAUAUAAAUGCUUGGAAUGUGCAAAGUGCUUUUCUUUAAAAUCAAAUCUCAUGACCCAUCAGAGAAUUCACACAGGGGAGAAGCCAUAUAAAUGCUUGGAGUGUGAGAAGUGUUUUUCUCAAAAAUCAGUACUUAUCAGCCACCAGAGAAUCCACAAAGGAGAAAAGCCUUAUAAGUGUUUGGAAUGUGCAAAGUGUUUCCCUCUGAAACUGGCUCUUCUCAAACACCAGGAAGCUCAUGUGGAUGAGAAAUCUUUUGACUAUACCAAGCCUUCCUCCAUCCAGUAGUAGAUGAAACAUAUUUGGACAUGGAAGAAUUUUCAGCAGACAAGCACUAUGGAACAAUGGAGCUUUAUGAGAUCAUGGAAACAUCAGUCAGGAAAAGAUGACCAUACGAGUACGGUCCAUGUGAGGAAAGGAAGGCUUCGUCUCAAAGGGGAGCAGCCAGGAUGAGACGGAAUGUCUGUAAAUGGCGAUCCUUCUGGUUGCUUGCGGCAUGGCUGAGAAAGGCAUGUGAGGAAAGCUUUCCUUGCUCCUACUCCCUGCCUUAGGGUUCAAAACCUUCCCCCUAGCACUGUGGAAUUCUCUGAAAUGAAUGGGGCUGCAGUGGUACUGGAGAAUUGCCAGAAUGUGGAAGACUGCAUUGCAAAAGCAGAGCUCUUUCUCCACUUGAGCAGGAGAUGUUUGGAUACAGCCAAUAUUAGAAAAGUCCUUUGGUGGAACUGUUAUAUAUCCUAUCAUCAUUAGUAAAAACCUGAGACAGGGCCUUUUCUGUGGCUGCACCUUAGCUGUACAAUUCUCCCCUAUAGGAGGUGAGACCAGCUGCAUCUCAGGUGAGUUUUAGGCAGGCAGUGAAAAUAUUCUGCAUUAUCUUUUUUGAUUUUAAAGAAUAUGAGGGAAGAUUGUAAUUCUGCUCCAUUUGAUUUAAAGGCAUUAGUUUCAUUUUUUUCUAAUAAUAUUUUGUUUGGUUUUGGUUCUUUUACGUUAGCUGUUUUGGGGCCUCUUGUUAGCAGUAUAA